AUGUUGCUCGUGCUUUGGUUGGUUGUAUUUGUCUUUGAAACACCAUAUGGUGCGUCCACAAGAGAACAAUACUUGCAAUUCAUCCCUGUUAGCGGAGUUAGACAUGACACCUAUUUCUAUGAACAUCCUGGUCUGCGAAAUCCUAUUGAAAUAGAUGCCACUAUUAAACAGCAGGUCCGCAUCAGGAUUGUUGAACAUCUGAACGAGCUUCCUGUGUUAAGGAUUCAUUGCAUCGUUGCUCCACUCGAUUCGACUCAUGAACUCGUCUCUGCUUACUUAUGUCGCAGGAAGUCUACGCACGAUUCGGAUGAAUGCAUUGAUCCUAAAACAAGAAAUGUUAUUUUCGGUCGAGUUGAGUUUAGCGCUAAUGGCAAUAGAUCUUCAGGCUACACGUUUUCUUCUAGGCUACCUGUUAAAGAUGAACUGCUUGACGGCUUUUACUUCUGCAAGUAUCACAACCGGAAUGGAGAGCUAAUUUCAAAUUUUAUUGAAAUACAGGAUGCGUAUUACUAUCAUAAACGUAUGGUUAAACGACCUGUAAAGCAAACUGAGUAUUUACCUCCUUUAUCUAUCAAUGAUCUUCCCUUGAGUCUGGAAUGCGGACAAACUCAAGUAUCUGAAGAGUUGCCAAGUUGGGCUGAUGCAGCGUUCCCCAGUCCGUUUAUGUGGUCAUUUUGCGAUGUAGACAGCCCUGAUGGUAUACAGUCUGCUGGCUGCAUGCGUAGAGUUCGUCAAACAUCCACUCAUGUUACAAAUUAUUUUGAAAGUUAUGUCUCUCCGAACGGUACUUUGGUGUUAUACAAGCGCACAACUUCAGCAUGGAAAGAUAUGGGUUUGGUGUGCUGGAGCCACUUGGACUCCUCAGCUGUUUAUUCUACCUAUUUUGGUGGUUCAAAUGAGCGGCCUAAGUUGUUGACUUAUGACUCCAAUAUACCAUUCGUUGGUAGUGGAAUUACUGUAUUAUCACCCCUCACACAAAGGAUUACUGUUCGAAUUGGACCACGAACUGGUCUCAAGUUAGUCACUAAGUAUCGAUCUACUCCAGAGUACACGACUGUCAAAUGGACCAAAGACGGCAGAAGAAUUCCACCUGAUUUUCCAGGACACAGUGAUUAUCUCUUAAAGUUUCCUGAUCUCAUUCGCCGAGAGCACUCUGGGACUUACAAUUUACUUGUGGAAAACGGGUAUGAUCAAGUUAAUUUUCAGUUCAUAGUGAGUGUAGUCGGUCCACCUGAAGUGAUACGUGCUCCUCCACCUUUACUUUUAGUGAUGGAGGGAGAAAAUGUUACAUUUAGCUGUCAGUUGGAUUCGUUUAUAACGGAGUCUUUAGAAAUCAAUGGUCUACCUUAUCAACCGAAUCCUACUAAUUUUCGUACUGAACUAAGAGAUCAAUAUCCGUAUUUAAAAGAUGCUUUAAUACAACCAUUGCAAAAAAAUGGUCAUAUUUUAACUUAUUCAGCCUAUAAUUUGCUGUUUACACCUGGUAGCAAAGUUGGACCGACUCAUACUGUCAGCUUGGUUGGGAAAAAUGAAUAUGGCUUGGCUCGAGUAUCCACACUUGUCAGAGUACUACCCCGAAUAAACAUCUUGAAGGCUCCAAAGGAUUACUCAUGUACUACCGAUUGUUUAAACACUAUUUCACAUGCAUUCGAUUGCGUUAUCGACACAGAUCCUUAUCAGUCUACUUACUUUGUACAAACAUGGGAAUUAAAUGGCAUUCCUGUGUCGAAAAUGACAAAAGAUUAUCAACAGUCGAAAUUUAUUAAAACAGAAGGCACAAAGUUGAUAAUCACGCCCGUUGAUGAUCCGUCCUUAACUGUAUUGUUCCGAAAAGUGAAUGUGACAUGUCGUUGGCGUAUCUUUUAUCCACAUGUGACUUCUCGUAUUGCAGAUCUGGAUACAAGACUUUUAGAACCGAAUAUGAAGGUGUAUGAUUCUCAUGAGGAUGUAAGAAUCCGUCCACUUAUGACAGCAGCGUUGGAUCUACAAGUGGAUCAUGACCCGACUCCGGCAUCAGCUAACAUAUCUUGGAUAACAGCUGUGAUUAUCGGUAUCCUUGUUAUAAUUGCGAUCGGAGUUCUAACUGCUUGUCUGGUCAUGAGAUUCCGUGGAGAAACUUAUAUGCUGGAUCGUGAAGAACGAGCUCUUGGAAAUGAUCCAGAAAAAGAACUGCGUGAAAAAGAAGCAUUUCAAACUUAUGAAAGAGCAGAAGAACCGCCACUUCGAGGUAGUCGUUGUUCAUUAAAUGACGACAGUGCUGAAAUUGGCAGUGAUGGAGAUGGUGAACUAGACGAUUAUAAUCUCGAUCCUGGUAAAUUUAAUGAAGAAGGCUCUUUCAUUGGGGAAUAUGCAACAGAGAGACACAAAGGCCCAUCAAAUCGUUUACCAACUCUUGAUCGAAACUACAAUCCAACAGUUUAA